GCCAGGUUUGGAUGAGAAGGCAAAUGGGCUUGGUCGGGGAGUGAGCGGCGGGUGUUGCUUGGACUGGAGCGAGCGGCCGUUGCCCGGCGAGACCCCUCCACUCCUCGAUCUCCCGGCUCCCAUUCCCCGGCGCGGCCGCGGAUGAAGAUGGAGCCCUAGCAGCUGGGACCAUGUCGGAAGCGACUCGGAGCCUUCUGCAGCGCUGGGGCGCCAGCUUCAGAAAAGGGACCGACUUCGACUCCUGGGGGCAGCUGGUGGAGGCGAUCGACGAGUAUCAGAUAUUAGCAAGACAUCUACAGAAAGAGGCAGUAUCUCAACCCAACAAUUCAGAAUUCACAGAAGAUCAAAAGAAAACUUUAGCUAAGAUUGCAACAUGCUUGGAACUCAGGAGUGCAGCUUUGCAGUCUACACAGUCCCAGGAAGAAUUUAAGCUGGAGGAUCUGAAGAAACUAGAACCAAUCUUAAAGAGUAUUCUUACCUAUAAUAAAGAAUUUCCCUUUGAUGUUCAACCUGUUCCACCAAGAAAAAUAUUAGCACCUGGUGAAGAGGAAGAUUUAGAAUUUGAAGAAGAUGAAGAGGAAGGUGGAGCUGGAGCAGGAUCUCCAGAUGCAUUUCCUGCCAGAGUCCCAGGAACCAGUGAAGGUACUUUAUUACCCAGAUUACCAUCUGAACCCGGGAUGACAUUACUAACUAUCAAAAUAGAAAAAAUUGGUCUUAAAGAUGCUGGGCAGUGCAUUGAUCCCUAUAUCACAGUUAGUGUGAAAGAUCUCAAUGGGAUAGAUCUUACACCUGUACAGGACACCUCUGUUGCUCCAAGGAAGGAGGACACUUACAUUCAUUUUAAUGUGGACAUUGAAAUUCAGAAACAUGUUGAAAAAUUAACAAAAGGUGCAGCUAUUUUCUUUGAAUUUAAACACUAUAAACCCAAGAAAAGGUUCACCAGCACAAAGUGCUUUGCCUUUAUGGAGAUGGAUGAAAUUAAAGCUGGACCAAUUGUUAUAGAACUUUGAGGACUGACCAAAAACAAAAAUCCCAUGCAUAUCUCUAAAUGUACAAAAAGCCCACUGAUUUCAAGAGGAAGAAACUUCAGUUGUUGACCAAGAAGCCACUUUAUCUUCACCUUCAUCAAACACUGCACAAAGAGUGACUUUUGUGAACUGAACCACUUGCCACAAAAUCAUAGUAGCUGCAUAUGUAGCACUUGUUUUUCAGGAGGAAGGAAGAAUUGAAUGCGUUUACCUUGUGGUCACAAAUGACCAUCAAUGCUGCACAGCAGUGGAUCAGCAUCCACACUCUGCAUCCAAGCCCAGUUUCUUUGGAAUGUAUAUUUUUUAUCUCAGAUGUUCCAAAGUGUGUUGCAAGUUUUUCAUAAAUGGGCCGGUUAUUAACUUCAGUUCUGUAACUUGAUUUCUACAGUUAUAUCAGAACCCUUAAUUAAAGCAGUUGAGGAAUCCUCACCUGCUGAACCUGAUACAGCAAUAAAAAUAUGCCAGUAUCGAAA